AUGGAUCUCAGAUCCCGUCUUCUUCUACAUUCCCUUUUAUAUCCUUCGUUCCUGACCACCACUCGUCGUGCUCUGCCUCACUGGGAUUGGCAUUUCAGAUCUGUGUCAUAUUCUUCCAUUCGAAAGUCUGGUGUCUGGACCGCAAGAACUCAUCACGAAAACUCCGCUUGUCGCGAGGUAUGGGACUUCAUCAGCGCCGCAGCAUUGUCGUCAUGGUGUCGGCUCUGCCCAUGGAAGUACCACAUACCAGGCUGUGAGGGCGUGAACAUUGGCUCCACCCCCAAUUUUUCAUGUGAAGGAGAUUCGCGGUGCGAGCUUUUGAUACAUGUGCAUAUGGGGAUUCAGGCUAUCGUCGUUUCGACGGUGAUGCUACUGUUCUCACCUGCAUUGGCUGAAACACUCGAUUUGUGCCCUCUUUUUGAGCUCUCAUGUUCGUCGUUGCAUCUGUUUGAUACGUGUCGGUGUGAAGUUGAUCCGAGCACAUCAUGGCACUGUAUAGUACUCCUUGGCGGCGCAAGGCCGCUGACCCCGGCUCAGCUCUCUCACGCCUGCACAAGAUAA